UUGUUUACACAGAGCUGCAAAACUGAUCGAACAGCAAACGAAGCCGAACGGACAACAAGACAGGAAGAUGGCGACCGAGAUAGAUGUGGCUUUGGAGGGUAAUACCGGCGCCGAGGAAGUGGCGGCGGCGGCGGUGGCUGAGACGAAGAAGCAGGCUGAGCCGCACAAGCUGGAGAGAAAGUGGACGUUUUGGUUCGAUAACCAGUCGAAGCCCAAACAAGGAGAGGCUUGGGGAACCUCCCUUAAAAGAGCCUACACUUUCGACACCGUCGAGGAGUUUUGGUGUUUGUAUGAUCAGGUAUUCAAGCCCAGCAAGUUGCCUGCCAAUGCAGAUUUCCACUUGUUCAAAGCUGGGAUUGAGCCCAAAUGGGAAGAUCCCGAAUGUGCUCAUGGAGGAAAGUGGACCAUCACCAGCAGUAGAAAGGGUGGUCUUGAUACAAUGUGGCUAGAAACUUUGAUGGCUUUGAUUGGAGAGCAAUUUGAUGAGGCUGAUGAGAUUUGUGGUGUUGUGGCAAGUGUGCGCCAGAGGCAGGACAAACUUGCACUAUGGACAAAAACGGCUACAAACGAGGCUGCCCAGAUGGGCAUUGGAAGGAAGUGGAAGGAGAUACUUGAUGUCUCUGACAAGAUAACUUACAGCUUCCAUGAUGAUUCUAAAAGGGAUAGAUCAGCAAAGGCACGAUACAAUGUCUGAACUGCGCGCUUGGUCAUUUUGUUGUAUGGAUCUCUGCUUGUCAGUUACUGAACUUGUGAUGCAUAUUGCCGAACUCAAUACAAGUCAACAUUAUGUGCUCUGUUUACUGAGGAAGCUAAAUUGAUGAUAUAUAUUUUUGCUCGUUCUUUUUUGAAUGUAAUAUGAUAACAACACUCAUAUAUUAAUAUUUAAUUUGAGUGAAUUUUGAUUGGUUAA